GUGUGUCUGUAUGUAAUCUGUGAACUGCUGCAUGCAGAAGUCAGUAAAUAUCAAACAAACCCUCCCAGUUUAAUGACACUGUCUCUUAACCUCGUCCUUUACGUGCCGGCGGCCCGGGCGGGGAGGCGAGCGGCUCAAACAACAAUGGGUGCAGUUUGCAGAGACAGCAGGUCCUCUGUGCUCCCUGCGAGCUGGAGAGUCUGCAACCUGCUCAUGGCUUCAUUCUUCUCUCUGGCGACCUACGUGCAGAUCAAUGACCCGGACGCAGGCGUGUGGAUGGUGGGUUACGGUGUCCCCGCCCUGCUGUGUGCGUCAGUAAGCCUGGACCCUCAUGUGACAGGUGCGUUUGAUUCUGUGUCACUUUAUUCCAUUAUUUGCACAUUGAUAAUAAAAUAAAACCAGUCCUUUUUAAGUUCUAACGCACCCAGAUUUCUCCUUUUCCUGGGACAGUUUCCUGUUUUCCUCCACUUUUACAGGCUGUUUGAACUCCACAUGCACUUUCUCUGCAGAGCUGAUAGCGCCACCCAGCGGCCUCAGGGUGUGUGUGCAGGGCGGUGUUAACAGGCUCCUCUGCAGAGAUUUUGGUUCCUAUUUUUAUUUUAAAAAUGUUACUUUUAUCGCAUAAUUUCAACUUUUUAUCUUCUGUUUUGACUUAUUUAUUGCAUAAUUUUGACCAUGUAACUCUAUAAUUAUACUUUUAUACAGUA